AUGGGAGAUAACAAAGACACGGCGAUGUUGCAAAUGAUGAAAUUGCUGCAAGAGCAAAUGGAGUUAACGAGGAUUCAGGCGGAGGAAGGGAGGAAGCAAACGGCAAAGUUUGCGGAGUUGGUGGAGCGAUUGUCCGGAAACGCGCAACAGUCAACAAAGUUGGAAAAGGUAGAGGUUAGCGAGGCUUCCAUUAUAGCAUCAUUAGCUGAGCGGAUACCAACAUUCGAUUUCAAUCUUGAGGAUAAUCGCACGUUUCCGAAAUGGUACAAUCGUUAUGCAGAAAUGUUAAAAGGAUUAUCGGAAGACGGGAAGCGCCAACUGCUAUUGGAGAAGCUGUCUGAACCCUGCUAUGAGCAACUGGUGGCUGCGCUAAGACCGAAAAGAUGCAUUGAGCUAAGUGUUGAGGAGCUCACGGAAACUUUGUCGAACAUAUUCGACAUUAAACGGUCUCUUUUUGCAUAUCGGUUCGCAUGUUUGCAAAUAUCCAAAGCAGAAGAAACGCCUACGGAGUACGCUAACAGAGUGAACGAAAUGUGUGAAAAAGCGAGACUGGAAGAGUUAAGCGCUGAGGACUGGAAGGUCUUUUUCUUUAUAAAAGGGUUGGAUCGCCCCGCCGAUGAGAAAAUGCGGACUCAUUUUCUGCAUUUCAUGGAACGAAGGACCACGGAACAGAAGCAAACGACAAUAAAGGACUUAUUCGCUGAGUGGAUGAGGAUCUUAAGCCUAAAAAAAGACUCGGAAGAAAUCGAAAGGAGGUCUAUGGCUGAGGUGGAGACCAGCGAACAAAGCAGACAAAUCGGAGCAGGAGUCGGCAACAAAGAAAGGUAUCGAAGACCAGGGAAUGCUGGAACUGUGGUGAAACAGGGCAUUUCAAGAAGGAAUGUCGUAAAUCCGCUGCAAAACCCAAAAGGACGUUUAGCGUCGGUAAAGGGCCAGUGGAUCGAUUUCCAAGUGGAUACCGGAGCCGACAUUACCUUGAUCGGUAGAGUCGAGUGGGAAAAGUUGGGAAAACCAACUUUGGAAACAGCUGACGCCAAAGUCAUAUGUGCAAAUGGAUCCACAAUGGAAAUAGACGGUCGAUUCCAUACUGAUUUUGAACUAAAAGGAUCCACCGGUCAAGGUUGGAUAUAUGUUCGAAAAGAAGGAAACCUGCUUGGAUUAGAUUUUAUCAAUCAAUCCGAACAUAUGGCGUACCAUAUGGAGCGAAUGGUAAGCCAGGUCGAAUCUGUAAAAAAGGAUUGGGCCAAAGAAUUACAAACAAGAUUCCCAACCGUGUUCCAGGAAGAGCUAGGAACUUGUGUCAAGGAGAAGGCCCACCUGGAAGUGAAAGAAGGGGACGAAGACAUCGUAAUCGCCGAAGUCAAGGUGUUAAAUGUGGAUUAUUUGGCUGAAGGGGAAGCGACAGCUACGGAUAAGGUGUUGAAGACCGUCAUCAAAUACUGGAAAUCGAAUAAUUGGCCAAGAAGAAAUCCAGUGAAUGAUCUGUGCACCAAUCAGUCGAGUUCAAGCAGUGACAACGACAAUACCCAUUCGCCACCGGACAAGCCAAAGUCAAACGAACAUCCCAACCAGAAGUCUUGCCAUGGACAAAGUCAACCCUCAAGUUCAAAACAUCGUCACAGUCAAAUACCAGUAGCAAUCGCAAAGGAGUCAGCAGGAUCAACACGUCCCCCUGAGGAUAGUAGAUCUAUGUCAAAUGUAUGUGACGCGCUAGGUAGCCAGCGUACGGUGUGUGUUAAACCCAAGAUUGAACCGAACACCCAGGCAGGCCCUGAGGAUCGUGCCAAGGACAAGUCAGUUUACGACGCAGUGCAAGAGUUCGGAAACCCAUCGUACGAUUUGAUCCCAGUCCACAAUGAAGACCCAACUUAUAUCAGUCAGCAGCCAUAG